CUUCCGGUUAUUGGUACCCGGUGGUCUGGAAGUUUCUGGUGACAGCCUGUGUGCGGCGGAGGACGCGUCUUGGAUGGUGACGGGCGGCUGCGGACGGGAUGGAGGGCGACACUGACCUCACGGGGAGCGGAGGCGACAUGAAGCCCCCCUGUGAGGAGGGCGCGGAGCAGAAAUCCGUGUCAUCUAAUGGGGGCAAUGAAAUCAAGAGUCGAGCUAUCGUGAAGUACUCUUCUGCUCCACCGGCUGCGGCAUUUGCUCGUCUUCAAGAACAAACCGACUUGAAGCUGCCACCUGCUAAUUGGCUGCGAGAGAACGCCAAGCUCGGCCCUACCAUUCUGGGAAGCAGUAAGAAGAGCAAACCAUUUUCAAGCUUUGGGAUGGCCUAUGACUUCAUUGAUUCUGUCGGGAAGGAAGUGGAUGUAGUGGCAGAUUCUGAAAACAUCAAGAAGCUCUUAAAGAUCCCAUACAGUAAGUCCCACGUCAGUAUGGCCGUCCACCGCAUUGGAAAGACUCUGCUGUUGGAUGAGCUGGACAUUCAGGAGCUCUUCAUGAGGUCGUCUCAGACAGGUGAUUGGACCUGGUUGAAGGAGUUUUAUCAGAGACUAAUGGAUCAAAAAUGGCAAAGAAAGAAGAAGAGUAAAGAACAUUGGUACCAGAAAGCCAUACUCUCCAAGUUCCUCUAUUACAGUAUUAAUGGGGAGGAUACGGCUGAACCCAUUCCAUCCACUUCUCAUCAACCCAGUGAGGAGCAGGAUCUUAGCGAGCCGUCUGGAAGUGAUCACGUCGCAUGGCCUACUCCUUUUGAGACAUUAAGUUCUGUGCCAGACGAAGGUGGGGCAUCCAAUCAGGGUCUUAAAAACGAUUUUGUCAGGAAUAUCCUUUGGACCUUUGAGGACAUCCACAUGCUGGUUGGCUCCAACAUGCCUAUUUUCGGAGGAGGACGAUACCCAGCUGUCAGCCUGCGUCUACGGGACAACAACAAGCCAAUCAAUGUGCUGACGGGGAUUGAUUAUUGGCUUGACAACCUGAUCUGUAACGUCCCGGAGCUCGUCAUGUGCUUCCAUGUGAAUGGAAUUGUGCAGAAAUAUGAGAUGAUUAAAACAGAAGAUAUUCCAAAUCUGGAUAACUCCAACUUCUCCACCAAGGUGAUUAAAGACAUUGCGCAGAAUAUUUUAUCUUUUUUGAAGUCGAACUGCACAAAAGAAGGCCACACGUACUGGCUGUUCAAAGCCAGCGGCAGUGACAUUGUGAAGCUCUACGACCUCACCACUCUGUGUGAAGAGACCGAGGACAAGUACCAGAACCCCUUCACUAUGCCGGUGGCCGUGCUACUCUAUAAGGUGGCGUGUAACAUGAUGAUGAAGAAAACCCAGAAUAGAAAACAUUAUGGAACUAUUCGCACUUUGUUGUUGAACUGUCUGAAGUUAGUGGAUAAAGGAAGGCACCCACAGAUUAUUGCUUCAGCCAACUACAUGCUGUCAGAGCUGUUUCAGCUGGAGCCUAAGAAAGAGGAAAGUGGAGAAGGAUCUCUCAAUGGGAACUCUGAUGAGAGCUAUAGCGAGGAGGAGGAGGAGGAUGAAGAAGAGGAGCUGCCCGAUAGUGAUGAAAACGGGUCAUACAGUCAUCCUCCUAACCCCCCAGAAGACUGCAAAGCUGUGGCCAUCAUAAAAUCUGUCCGGGAGCUGUCUGUUCCAGAGAAGUACAAGUCCACUCAUCAGAUCAGGCCAAGCUGCACGUUCCCAGUUUGCAGUGACACAGAAGAACGCUGCCGCUUAGUCCUCAGUUACGUCCUAGAAGGGUUGAAAUGUAUUGACAGCAGUAUUAAAAAGGAAGGCGAACUCCCAGCAGCUGACCCCAACACGCCAAUACCCCUAAAAUAUGAAGAUGAGUCCGCCAAUGUCGUCUCAGAGUGCCUGGAAAAACAGAUGGCACUGUUUCUGCAAAAAAUGGAAAGUUCUAAGAACCAGUGCUCCAGCAGAUCUGGGAUUGUCCCCGGCUCCUGGCAGUUCAAGAUGAAGCUGCAGCUGAUUAUUAAAGCCUCAAAAGCGUAUUAUGUGUUGUCGGACGCCGCAAUGAGCCUGCAGAAAUACGGCCGAGCCUUGCGAUACGUUAGGCUGGCCUUACAGUGCUAUGAUGCUUACAGCUGCCUUUGUACCAACCAAGUUCCCGAAGUGAUGAUGCUGCUGUGUCAGUACCUUACUCUCUGCGGCGACAUCCAGCUCAUGCUGGCGCAGAACGCCGGCAAUCGAGCUGCAUAUUUUGAGGAAUACAAUUACCAGAAGAGAGAUGAUCAGGAGAUUCAGCACAGUCUACACAGAGAAUCCAGCUGUGAGGAGUUUUCAUUUGUGACCGACCUGAUCACUGACUUGGAGUGCCAGCUCUCCAUCAGCUGUAAGUGUUAUGAAGCCACCAGCGACAUCCUGGUUGUCACCAACCUCAAGACCCAAAACCCCGAGCUGCAGUCUCAGCUGCUGAAGAGACUGGGCAAUAUCCGCAACGAGGUCGGAGUGUUUUAUAUGAACCAGGCAGCUGCCCUCCAGACCGAGAGAUCAGCAAACAAAGGCGUCUCUAGUUCCGAGCAAGACUUGUGGAAGAAAAGCUACUCCAGCUUCGAAAAAGGAAUCUCUAGCUUUGAAUCGAUUGAGGACACCACGAACACCUCCCUCUUGUUGUGUAACAUGGGGCGGCUGAUGAGGCUGUGCGCCCAAGCUCACUGCGGCAGUGGGAACGAUGAAAGGAGAGGGGAAUUCUCUCCAGAUGAGGCGCUGUACUAUAAUAAGGCCAUUGAUUACUAUCACAGAGCAUUAAAGUCGCUCAAUAAUCGAGAAGCUCAUCAGGCUGUGUGGGAUUCAGUUUACUGGGAACUGUCUACAACGUAUUUUACGAUGGCCACUCUGCUGCAGGACUACGCCCCCAUCUCCAAAAAAGCACAGGAACAGAUCGAGAGAGAAGUCACCGAAGCCAUGCUAAAGUCCUUGAAAUACUGCGAUGUGGACAGCGUGUCCGCCCGGCAGCCCUUGUGCCAGUACAGAGCAGCCACCAUCCAUCACAGGCUGGCCUCCAUGUAUCACAGCUCUCUGCGCAACCAGGUGGGUGAUGAACACUUGAGGAAGCAGCAUCGGGUCAUGGCAGAUCUGCAUUACAGCAAAGCAGUGAAGCUCUUCCAGCUUCUGAACGACGCUCCAUGUGAACUGCUCAGAGUACAACUAGAACGAGUGGCCUUUGCAGAGUUCCAAAUGUCCAGCCAGAACAGCAGUGCGGGGAAGCUGAAGAGCUUGUGCGGUGCGCUGGACAUUAUGAUGAAGACGCGCUGUGCCUUUCUUGUUCUUCUGAAAGAAUUUGAGUGUGAAAGUGAUCAGGGGUCGGAGGAAGGGAACGAACCGAUCGUCGACUCCUCAGAAAAUCUCCAAAAGGAAGAAGUGGUGAAACUUGUCACUAUAUUUGAAUCUCGCUUGUCUUUUGUUCUCUUACAAUUUGUGAAGCUUUUAUCAUCAAAGAAGAAGAGCAGUAAUCCCCCCAAAGAGGACGCCUCUCUGAAAACCUACAAGCAAGUGUAUUCCAGCCUCUUACGGGCUUCAACCAACAAGACCUCCACGCUGACCGAGAGACUGAGCGUGCUCGUCAAUUUACUGGAUCAGCUCACGCCAAAGAGCGAGGCGAAUGAGACGUCAGUCAGCGAAACAUGAUUGUGCCUGGGAUGCAGAGAGGACUCCUUGCCUUGUUAAACUCGGGAUCGCUGGUCUGUUCCACUCGCCGCCACCUUCUUGCCAUGGUUGAAAUGAAAUGUGAAAUCUUCAGGGAAGCUUCUUGUGCACGUCGGUCGUUACACGCACUGCCCUGCUGGGGAUUUGGGGACGUACAGGUUUUCUCUCUUAUUUAUUUUCUGAUGACACAUUCGCUCCGGCACCACUUAUCUCUCGUUCUGGUACACAGUUCAUGGGCAGCUGCUCCAAAGGUAAUAAAUCUAUAGCUGUCUGUAGACCCGAUAGAGCUGAAUGCAGAUGCCUCAAUUUUCCGCAAGAUCUGCAAAAUCCUGUAUCUACUGGGUUGCAAAUUAGGUGCAUAGAUGGCAGGCUGUGGGACAUCGUGCCCCAAGAGGUAGUGCCCGCCAUCCGUUCUUACCCCAUGUGCGCACCCAUGCCAAAUGUGCUUCUUAAAGAGGACCUGCCACCUCUCCCGGCAAGUCUGUAAAUACGCUCUGUUCCUCCUCGACAGCUGGGUGUUACCCUGUGUUCCUACCGUCUGACUCUGUGAGGACUGCUUGGACACAGUCAGAGGUUUUAGGGCCAAACCCCAGUUGGUAAUACACGCUUGUUAUUAAAUUGCAGGAGGUAGAACAAAGGAAGGACUAAAAGAAGAUCCCAAAUUAUGUUAUGGGGUAAACACGUAUUUAUGAAGACUUGUCAGGAGAGGUGGCAGGUCCUUAUGAAUAGAUUCUUUUCAUGUUGGAUUUUACAGGGUUAGAAACAGGCAGACACAGAAGCUGAACCCCGCCGAAGCCUGAGAAGAGCAGCCGCAGCUUCCAGUCUGAACAGGGGUCUAAAAGGGCUCAGAAAAGUGCUGAAAAUAGAUGCAGCCAUUUAUACAUUUUUAUGAUCAAUGUGCCUGGAUUAUGUUGGGGAGACUGGAGAGCCCCUUUAUGACAUUAGAAAAUGAACGACAACCGAGGUUUGUCCUACAUUACUUCCCUUAGACUUUCCUCCAUCUUGGCCCAUGUUAGACCAGUCCAGAGUGGCAAUCACACGUGUAUUUUAUGACAGCCCAUGGACCGGUGUGGGGCUGUUUUUCUUUCUAAUCCUGGACAAUCCCUUUCAGCCAGGAAGUGGCACAAAAAGCUGUGCAAAUCUAUUACAGCAGGCAUAUAUUUAAUUUUCUAAGGCCAAAAUGCCCAGAAUUAUCAGGAGGCUUGCUUCCUCUUAAUACGUUUGGUGCCUUUUACUCCAGCACACUUCAGAUUAAAAUUGGCGUAUGAAAUGGCACGCUUAAUUAACUGGCAGAUUUAUGUCUUGAUUUCACGUUAUAGGGGAGAUGUAUCAAGACUGGCGCGUCCAUCCCUGGCGUGAGGCGCCUGAUUUAUUUUUUAUUUUUUAAGAGGCAGAAACAAACAAAUCGGGCGCAUUUGUUCCCUGCCAUGCGCCAGAAACUGAAGUCUACGCCGUUGUGGACUUCAGCUAUAACUUCUGCCACUUUCUGGCAAAAGUUAUAGUAAAUGCGGCGGGCUGCACGAAGCAACGCCCACUUCUGCUAAGCCCUACCUCUUUUAUCCUGCCAAAAGUGGCGAGAAGCCUAAAAAAUUGCCAAUUAUGGCGCACAUAUGGCUUGUGCCAUAUUGUGCGGCUUUUUUACGCCACAAUAGUGGUUUAAUUAGCUUAAUAUAUGUCCCUCCUGGUGUGUCUCAAGUGACGUGUAGGUAGUCCAUUGCCUGGUCCUCUGAUGCUUGGUGGAAUGUAAAAAAGGGAGGACCCCCCUCCCCCCAUGUCAUUAUUUUUUUAAGUAUAAAAAGGUUGUGCUUGGUAUUGCAGCUCAGCCGUACGGACUUGAAGGGGGCUGAGCUUCAACUAGGCCACGUGAUCAGUACACGGUGACGCCAUAUGGCUUAGGAAGAGGUCGGAGCGCCCGGCCUCUUCUAACAGCUGAUUGGCGUCUUUACUUUUUUUUUUUACGUAUUCCAAUAUUGGCAAAUGUGUUUCCCUACCUAUCUGUAUAGGAGCUGGAACCCUUCCCAGUAAUCACACACUGUAUGGACUAAAGUACUGGGACACGCAUCUUCAUUCAAGUGUUUCCUUCAGUCCAAUUUCCACAGGUGUAUAAAAUCCAUCUUCUAGCCAUGCAGUCUGUGAAUGAACGACUCAUAAAGAGCUCCAUGAAUUCCAGCGUGGUCACCACUGCCACAGGCCACUUACUGACAUUUCUUCUAGAACUUCCACCAUUACCGGUAAGCAGUAUUACUGUCAUAUGGACGGAACCGCAGCAACUCGGUGGAGACCAUGUGAAGGUCCUGAGCGGGGCCACUGAGUGCUGAGGAACAUAGUGCAUAAGUCACCAACGCUCUGCUGAGUGCAAACCUCUGCCAUUAACAUCAGCACAAAAACUGUACCCAGAGUGUCACUGCAUGGGUUUCCAUGGCUGAGCAGCUGCAUGCCAACCUUACAUCGCCAAGCACAAUGCCAAGCGUCAGUGGUGUAAAGCAGGCCACCAUCGGACUCUGGAGCAGUGGAAACCUCAACUGUGGAGUGAUGGACCAGCCAGGAGAACGUUGCCUACCUGACUAUAUUGUGCCAACUGUACAGUCUGGCGGAGGAGGGAUAAUCCUAUGGGGUGUUUUUCAGGGGAUGGCCUCAGCUGCUUAGUGCCAGUGAAGGCAAAUCUUAAAGGGAACCUGUCACCUGGAUUUUGUGUAUAGAGCUGGGGACAUGG